AUGACCUCGAACGUGCCAUCGCAGCGAGCGCAGCGGGGUAUGAGAAGAUACCAGGGAACGAUGCUCUCAGCCAAGGACAAACGUGGUAAUAGGAUUGAAAAUCAAUGGAAAAGAGCCUUCAGUGAUGCUGGUAACGAUGGUCAGGCUCAGAAUCCUGGAGAGGACGAUAUCUGUCUCAUUUGCGCUGAAGAGUUAGAGUUCGCAGCCAUAUCACCAUGCAAUCAUUACACUUGCCACAAAUGUACGUUUCGACAGAGAUCUUUAUAUGGGAAAAGGACUUGUUUGGUGUGCAGGUCGGAAGUGCCCCGGGCAAUUUUCACUCAAGGGAAAGAGCGUACUUAUGACAGUUUUGAGGAAACUCAACUCAAUGACAAAAACGAAGAAUACGGCGUAGUUUUUACGUCUCCAGAGGUAAAGACCGCGGUUCUUGGACUUUUAAAGUACUCGUGUCCGUUCAAUGACGCCGAUGGUACUGAUUUCGGAAGUUAUAAGAAUUACAACCACCAUCUCAAAACUGCUCACAACAAAACGAUUUGUUCAAUCUGUGCUCAGUAUAAGAAAGCGUUCCCCUGUGAACUCAAGAUUUUUACUCCUAAUCUGUUGCGCGUGCAUCAAUCGAGAGGCGAUACACAGGGGUUUUGGGGCCACCCAAUGUGCCGAUUCUGCUCUGGUCAGCGGUUUUAUUCCGAGGAUGAACUCAGGGUACAUCUGAGGGACCGUCAUGAAAGAUGUCACAUAUGCGAUCAGAUCGAUUCCACAAAUCCACAGUAUUUCAAAAACUAUGAUCAGCUUUUCGAGCACUUCAAAGAUGCCCAUUACAUUUGUACUGUGCAAAGCUGUUUGGAUAGCAAGUUUGUAGUUUUCCGCGACGAACUGGAUCUACAGGCGCACAUCUUGAAGGAACAUGGUAGUCUUACGGGAAGCAAACGGACUGCUACUCUGGCGAACGGUAGAAGGUAUCAAUCUCAACUGUCUACUUUUGAACCUCCUUCUUCCAUCAACUCUUCCGCAACCAGAGCGGAGGUUAGCACCGAAUCGACCAGCUCUCAAGAGACGAAGAAGCUGCGCAUGGAAGAAAGAGCGCGCCACUAUUUGAAUUACUCGCAUUCUAAGUUCGAAACGUUUCUAUCCAUAAAUGACCAAUUUUGCAAGAGAAAUAUCACAGCUUAUGACGUUCUUACAUCCUAUGAGGCUCUAUUCACAUCUCCGGAAGCUGAUAUAAUGCUAAUAAUUUAUGAUUUUUCAGAGAUGUUCAACGAGAAAUCUGCGAACUAUAAAGAAUUACGUGAAGUUUAUGAGUCUGAGAAAAAGAAGAGAGAUAGGAUUACGAACUUCCCGUCUUUAACCAGUUCUGCUUCUCUGAUGGGUGCCAAUGUCAUUUCUGGCUCCUGGGGAACUCAAACAGGCCCAACUAAAAUUGCAAAUAAAAUGAAUUUUCCCAGUUUGAAAAAGCCUUCAGCAUCGCCGCCUCCCCUUCGCGCGGAAAACAUUACAAAUAAGCCUGCAGCGGUAAAAAGCAAGCUCCCAGCAGUCAGAACGAGCACGCCUUCUUUGUCUGAUCGCUCGCGCACGGGAGGCUGGGAUGCACGACAGGGAUCGACGUCCCGUCCGAACAUAGCAACGUCCUUGUCAGGCACAUCAAUAACCAAAGAUAAAUUUCCACCUCUUCCUAAACCCGACACAAAAAAAUUCCGGGCUCCACCUCUUCAUCAGCCAAACAUUCCGGACCCCUCGCGAUGGGGCAAGACAACAUCGGUGGGAGUAGGAAGUGGCCCUGUGAGCCCUUCUCCGUCAUCGUCCUCCGAUAGUUUGGCAAGUAACGGCAAGAAGAAGAACAAACAGAAACAAUUGUUAUUCCAUAUCGGCAUUUAG